AUGAGAGUUUUUGCUUUCUGUCUCACUUUCGCCAAUGCUUUCCUUCCCGAAGGAAUGGCUGAUUUCCCAAACAAUCCCGAUGUUGCCAUCAACUUCAUGAAAACAAUCGUCAUACCAAUGGCCAAGGCUGAGUUCGACAGUUUGGACCACGAGCAAAUGCACAGAGAAAUGGAGGCAGACAACCUUGACAUGCGAUUCGUUGACCGGGCCUUCGAUUUUUGCGUUGGAGAGGACAGAAAGGACAUCUCCUUCGAUGAAGAUAAGGAAUGCUCUCAAAGGAUCGUGGCAAUGAUUAAGAACGAAGUUCCAGAUAUGAUCCCGACCGAGACGUUUGCAAAUCAACCAGAAGAUGAAGAAUUGCGAACGAUGCUCUACAAGCUUUUUGAUGUCGACAAAGAUGGAAAAUUCUCUCGCCAAGAAUCAAAGAACGUACUCUACUGCUACAUGCGAAUCAUUUGGUCCAAGAUCAUCGGAAUGUACGGGAUUCCCGCAGACGCCAUUGCUCAGCUUUCUACUCUUUCAACGGUUAUUCCGGAAGCAAUGAACACUGAUGAAGCCAGGGUUUACUUUCAAGAACAUCAGCGACUCUACCAAAAGUUCCAGCAACACUUCAAUCAAGAACGGCUGACCAAUCUUUUCCAGGAAGUUGAACCUACCUCCAGAGGCAUCACAAAGCUGUCAAUCAACUUGAUGGAUGAAUUCUCCGAAUUUGCCGAAGCAGUCUACAUCGGAAGCGACUACGACGGUCGCUAA